CACUCGAUAUUGUGUAAUCCGCAAUACAUUUGGCCGAUCACAAUUUGCUACAAGUGAAAAUUUUCACAAGAUUUUGAAAGCUCUGAACUCAUUAGCACCUGAUUUAAUGGUUAGACCAGGCUCAACUGUGCCUGCAAAAAUAAGGGAAAGCACAAGGUUUUAUCCUUAUUUUAAGGAUUGCAUUGGAGCUAUUGAUGGUACACAUAUUCCCGCAUCAGUAAAAGGACGAGAUGUAAGCAGUUAUCGUGAUCGUCAUGGAAAUAUAUCACAAAAUGUAUUAGCUGCUUGUAACUUUGAUUUGGAAUUCAUGUACGUUCUUAGCGGGUGGGAGGGUUCAGCACAUGAUUCCAAGGUGUUAAGUGAUGCUUUGGCAAGGAAGAAUGGACUUAAAGUGCCCCAAGGUAAGUAUUAUCUGGUGGAUUGUGGAUUUCCUAAUCGACGCAAAUUUUUAGCCCCAUAUCGAGGUGUACGAUAUCAUCUACAAGAUUUUGCAGGUCACGGUAAUGACCCUGAAAAUGAAAAGGAAUUAUUUAAUCUUCGGCAUGCAUCCUUAAGGAAUGUGAUUGAGAGGAUAUUUGAUAUUUUUAAAUCGCGGUUCACAAUUUUUAAGUCAGCACCUCCAUUUCUAUUUAAAACACAAGCAGAGCUUGUGUUGGCAUGUGCAGCACUUCAUAAUUUUCUUCGCAAAUAAUGUCGUUCUGAUGAAUUUCCAGUGGAACCUACUGACGAGUCUUCAUCUUCAUCU